AUGUCAUCUCCAACUAUUUACAACUUUAUCGUCGUAGGAGGCGGUACAUCCGGUCUCGUAGUCGCCACUCGACUAUCCGAGAAUCUUGAAAUCCAAGUUCUUAUCCUCGAGGCUGCUGGAAAUCAUUUGGAAAAUCCACAGAUAAACAUUCCAGCACUUUGGCCCUCUUUUCUUGGUACAGAACUCGAUUUGGCAUUUAAAACUGUUCCCCAGAGUGAACUUGGAAACCGCACUAUAAGCCUUCCUGGUGGUCGUCUCCUUGGUGAAUCAAGUGCCAUCAAUUCGCAAGCUUUUAUUGCUGCAUCUAAAGUUGGACUUGACGCCUGGAAAGAGCUUGCAAAUGAAGGCUGGGGUUGGGAUCCCAUGGAACCCUACUAUAAAAAGGGUCAUACUCUUGAAAUCCCAGGCGAGAAAUUAAGAAAGGAGCUUGGCCUGAGCCACCUGACAUCUUCGAACAACCCGGGGUCUGACGGUCUUAUUCAAACGUCGUAUCCUCCAAAAAUGGAUGCUGUCGGAAAAUCAUGGGUUGAUACCUUCAAUGCCUUGAAUCAUGAAAUGUCUGAGAAUGCAUUUCAGGAUCUUCAAUCGGAGCGAAGCUAUUCAGCAAAUGCUUACUUCAAACCCACACAAAAUCGAUUUAAUCUCCAUCUUAUUACUAAUGCUCUAAUCGAGAAAAUCAUUCUACAUAAUGAAUCUGGGGAAGGCGUUGCCAAAGGUGUGAAAGUCACUAUCAAAGGUGUCGAACAUAUCUUUCAAGCCGGAAGGGAGGUCAUAGUUGCAGUCGGUGCUUUGAAUUUCCCAAAGAUCUUAGAACUCUCGGGAUUUGGUGAUGCUAAACUUCUUCGCUCGCUUGGAAUCGAUGUACAUGUCGACAACUCUAACGUGGGAGAAAAUUUCCAAGAUCAUACAUCAAGCGGAAUGACUUUCGAUGUAGUUGACGAACUACAGACACUAGAUCCUCUGAACCGCCAAGAAUCAGAAGUCAUAGCAGCCGCUAUGUCCGCAUAUCAAAUUGACAAAACUGGACCCUUUGCUGGUGCGGCCAUAUCGUCGUUUGCUUACAUGCCCGUUCCAGACUUCCAAACACCCAAAGGGAAAGCCGAAUUAGAGCAUUUGCUGCUUACCCACAAACCCGAGAAGAAAAGUGUAACGACGCAGACAAGAGUUCCGCUUGUUCCUUCCGUCUAUGCAGCCCAUGGAGAUUUUGGAUCUGACGCAAGUUCCGCAAAGAACGUCACCGUCAGCCACGAGACAGGCAACUUUCUUACAAUUGCUUGUGAACUUGAAUAUCCACUUUCACGAGGCAGUGUUCACAUACAAUCUUCGUCUGCAUCGGAAAGUCCCAUCAUCGAUCCCAAAUAUUUCAGCAAUCCUAUUGAUCUAGAUAUCCACGCCCGAUUCAUGCGUUACAUCCAUGUCAUUGCUGCGACUGAGCCAAUGGCUUCAAUUCUCAAACCUGGUGGACAUAUCAGUCCAAGCUUUGCAGCAUUUGGUACAGACUUGGAAGAUGCCAAAGAUUGUGUACGAAAAACUAUGAUUUCCGCCUGGCAUCCGUGUGGCACAUGUGCGAUGUUACCUUUGGAAGAUGGUGGUGUUUUGAACCAAAAGCUGGUCGUUUAUGGCGCAAGGAACAUCAGAGUUGUCGAUGCAAGCAUGAUGAAUUUGAUUCCGAGAGGAAAUCUUCAAUCUACUUUCUAUGCUGUAGCUGAGAGAGCGGCUGAUUUGAUCGAGUCGGAUCACAAUAUCUAG